UUCAAUCGGUAUCCAAAUCUCGAGUGUCCGUCCGGCGGGCCCUCCUUUCUCGCCGUCAGUUUCCAUAUAUAUAUAUAAACCGUCAUUACCCCCACUCGUUCGUCUUUCGGUGCAUCUCUUCUAAUCAAUCUCUCUCUCUCUCUCGCUCGCUCUCUGUGUACGUGCCUUGCUUUGAUCUCGUUCUAGGGUUUUGCAAUGCAUAAUUGCCCGCCAUUUAGAGCUCCGAACAUAUAAUUCUUGUCAGUAUCAAUUCAUCAAGAUACAAAAGCCCCCGAGUCUGUGAGGUUCCACCGCCAUGGGGGUCUCUUUCAAGGUCUCCAGGAUCGGGAAGAGGUUUCAACCCAAACCCGUCCUGUCGGAGACCGCUGAGGAAGAAGAAGUCCUCGCCGAUGCCGAUGUUCCCCAAGAGGGAGGGCGAGGUCCCGGAAAAAUUGAAUCCGCUACCUCCACCGCCAAGAAGAUUGAGGCUGAUGCCACCAGAGAGGAUGAGGCUGCUGCAAUCUCCGAGAAUGAAGUUUCCUUUAUACUGAAUGUCUUCCCAGAUGGCUAUUCAAUUGGAAAACCCUCAGAGGCUGCCCUGCAAGAUAUUCCAAAGUUUCUACACCCAUAUGAUAGAGCAUCAGAAAGUCUAUUCUCUGCAAUUGAGUCUGGGCGCAUGCCUGGGGAUAUUCUGGAUGAUAUACCAUGCAAGUAUGUCAAUGGGACAAUAGUGUGUGAGGUGCGAGAUUACCGAAAAUGCACUUCUGAAGCUGGGCCCACAGUUUCAUCAUUGGAUGGUUCUCCUAUUGUUAAUAAAAUUGUUCUUAGGAUGUCACUAGAGAAUAUAGUCAAAGAUCUUCCGUUGAUUUCAGAUAGUACUUGGACAUAUGGUGACCUGAUGGAAGUGGAGUCCCGGAUAUUGAAAGCCCUGCAACCACGGCUUUAUCUAGACCCUACUCCAAAUUUAGACAGACUCUGUGAAGAUCCAGUUCCCACAAAGCUAAAUUUGGAUCUAUGCAGCCUGAGGAGGAAAAGGCGGAGACAGUUGCAAGAAUUUUCUGUCACUAAUAGCAAUUCGAACCAAGUGAAAAAGGUCUGCACAGAUAGAGUGCCGGAAAGCUCAAACUGUAGGUUGGGAGAUGCAGGACCAUUACCUGGUCAUGUAAUGCCACAGCAUGUCCAUGAGAAUCUUACAGCACAGAAUGUCAGUUCUAGUCACGUGCUUCAGCAAAGAGGUAAAAACUUUGUGCCAGAUGCUUCCAUAACAGCUUUGCCCUUGGUAUCUCACCAGUCAAAAUAUCAAAUGGGGUUAGGGCCUGUUUCAGAUGCGCCUGGAGCUCCUCCUUCUGGACAGGACAUGAUGGUCACAUACACUGACAAUAUGAACUCCAACAUUGCUUCUCACAACACGAGAGAGAAUCAAGAUGGGCUAAUGUCGCCUUUACUAAAUAAGAGACCUAGGCUUACAUCUGCAGGUCCUGAUAGUAACCAACAGCAGCUUAUGGGGCCACAUAUGGACAGUUUACAUGGGACUGAUCCUCACUGGAAAAAUCCAUUAUUGCAGCAUCAGUCAAUUGGAAGAGGACUCCAGUAUGGAAGUGCUGGUGUGGCUAAGUAUCCACAGCAAAUAGUUGAAGGGAGUCUAAAUCAAGAAGUUGGAGCAACACAGUUCACCAUGGCCCAGCAGCGGAUGGGAUAUACAAAGGAAGAGCCAGUUGACUCUGAGAGGUUGGACAAACAAGAAUUCAAUCAAAAUAGAAAUGAAAUGCACAUUGCUGAAGCAGAGAGGAAUCAUAUAGCCCUCCACCAGUCCCGACCACAGCAAAGGUUACCGCAGCAUGCUUUCGUGAGAUCCAAUUUCUCUCAAAGUACCUGGAAUGGCCUUGGUCAGCCUCUUGAAAACAAUUCUAGGAAGGAGGACCAGUUUUCGAAAAGGAAAUCAGUGCAAAGUCCCCGUGUUUCUGCUGGGGGUUUGCCUCAGUCGCCCCUAUCAUCAAAAUCUGGAGAAUUUUCUAGUGGUUCUGUAGGACACCAAUUUGGACCAGUAUCUGCACUUGGGUCAUCGCAGAAGGAGAAAUCAGCAGGUACUUCACUUCCAGCAGUUGGUGGGACAACAUCUUUGACUUCAAGUGCUAAUGAUUCCAUGCAACGGCAGCACCAGACACAAUUGCCUGCCAAACGGAGAUCAAACUCCCUUCCAAAGACACCAGUAAUGAGUGGAGUUGGGUCUCCGGCCAGUGUUAGUAACAUGAGUGUUCCACUAAAUGCAAGCAGUUCUCCAGUUGGAACUCCACCUUUGCUUGAUCCAAUGAUGCUGGACAGGUUCUCAAAGCUUGAAAGGGUAGCUGCAAGACAUAAAAUUCAUUUUAGAAAGAGUAAGGUAAAUGAGCAGCCGAUCAGAAAACCUACUACUUUUCCUUCCCAACAGCUGUCAAUUCUUCUCUCUAGCGAUUCCAAUAAUGACAAUCUCAGAGAUGAAUCAUGUACAAUGCCAUUGUCAAAGUCACUUGUAGGUGGCAGCAUGAAUGCUUGCAAGAUAAGAGUCUUGAAUUUUGUACAGACUGAGCGCAUGCUUCAAGGAAAUGCUUUCCCUAUUGUUCCUAGAGCACGGACUAGAAUGAUCAUGUCAGUGAAACCUAAUGAUGGAACCAUAGCAAUGCAUUUUGGAGAUAUAGAUGAUGGUGAUUUUUUGGCUGCAGAGGAGUAUCUUCCUACGUUGCCAAAUGCUCAUAUAGCGGACUUACUUGCAACCCAAUUAUGCUCACUGAUGAUUGGUGCAGGGUAUCAUGUGGAAGAUCGUACUCAACCAAAGACUAUACGCAUUAAUCGUACUUCAAGUAAUCAAUCUAAUGCCCCCGGGACCUCUCAGAAUAGUACAGGAGUUGAGAUGCAGCAAUAUUCAGAUGCAAUUUCAGGUCAGCCCUCCAAUGAAUUUGCAAAGCCAACCAAUAGUGGUAGUGGAUCUUUAACCCCAGCCCAAAAUCUACCAAGCACAAGGAUGCUGCCCCCUGGAAAUGCUCAGGCCUUACAGAACUCGCAAGGACUCAUACCUGGGGUUUCUGUGCCUGCUAGGCCUCAACAAUCUGAUCCACAGACAUUGUUGCAGCCGCAGCCCCAGCCACAGCCACAGCAGCAGCAACAGCAAGCUCAACAGGCCUUGAUGCAACAGCAGCCUUCCCAGUUCCAGAGAUCAUCACCUCUUAUGCUCCAGACAAAUCCACUCUCGCACAUGAAUACAUUAGGGCAGAAUUCCAGCCUGCCACUGGGAAUGGUUAAUAAAUCUACUCUCCAAUUCCAGCUCUUACAGCAGCAGCAGCAGCAGCCGCAGCAGCAACAACAGCAACAACAGUUGCAGAGGAGAAUGAUGAUGGGCCUUGGAACAGCAGUAAGUUUGGGGAAUAUGGGCAAUAGUAUAAUGGGGUUUAGAGGACUUAACAAUGUCAUGGGCAUGGGGUCUCCAAGAGGGAUGGGAGGAGCUGCAAUUUCAGCACCAAUGGGUCCAAUUUCAGGUAUGGGCACCGUGAGUCAGAACCCGAUGAACCUGGGCCAGGCAUCAAGUACAAUUGGCCAGCAACUUCGUUCUGGGACACUAACUCAGGCACAAGCACAAGCUCUGAGCAAGAUGAGGAUGGGACAGAACAGAUCAAACUUAUUGGGGGGUCCUCAAUCAAGUAUGGGUGGGAUUGUAGGAGCAAGGCAGAUGCAUCCAGGCUCCACUAGCCUGUCAAUGUUUGACCACAGUCUAACUCGUGAUAUCAGUCCAUUGCAGCGAACACCAAUAGGGCCAAUGGGCCCACCAAAGUUGAUGACACGGAUGAAUCUUUACAUGAACCCUCAGCAGCAGCAGCAGCAGCAGCUACAACAGCAGCUACAGCAGCAGUUCCAGCAGCAACAGCCCCCGCAACAAUUCCAGCAGCAACAGCACCCGCCACAAUUCCAGCAGCCACAGCAGCAAGAAACAGCGUCACCUCUUCAAACUGUUGUUUCACCACAACAGGUGGGUUCUCCAUCAACUCUGGGUAUCCCACAGCAAGUGAACCAACAAAGCCAGCAGCUGCAGCAGCAAGCUAGCCCGCAGCAAAUGAGCCAGAGAACUCCAAUGAGCCCCCAAAUGAGCUCGGGAGCCAUGCAUCCCUUGAGUGCCGGUAAUCCAGAAGCUUGUCCUGCAAGCCCUCAGCUUAGCUCGCAGACCUUAGGCUCAGUUGGUAGUAUCACUAAUUCACCCAUGGAGCUACAAGGCGUCAACAAGAGUAACUCUGUCAAUAAUGCAUAAUUGAAGAUUAAGAGGUUAAGGGUGGCAUUAUCACUUCAUGAAGGCGAGCCCUGGCACAACGGUAAGAUUGGUCUAGGUCACGAGCCAAUGGCAGGAAACAGCUUCUUUGCUAAGCAAAGAUAAGAUUGUGUACAAUUGACCCUUCUCAGAGUCGCCCACAAUGUGGGAGUCUCGUGUACUAGGUUAACCUUUUUUAUGAUAUCAGCAUUGUAAUACUAUCAGUUGUUAGAGAUACGUAAAGAAGAAGAAUGGUACUCUAAAUUUGUAACGUUACCAACUCUUGGAGAGACAAGUGCACAAGUUAGUGGAAAUAUCACAGCAAGAAGCAAAAACAAGAAAAAGCUUAUUGUAGUUUGCUUAAAGGGAUUUUCUUUAUUUCAAAGAGGUCUAUGGCUUUAUGCUCCUCAACGUUAUCUUCUGCUCAAACAUUAUGAUGAAAAUUACCCCAGAACAAUCUCUUGUACACCAAAUUCAUAUCAUGAUCAUCACAGGACUGUGUACCAGCCGAACGUAUCCAUGCUAAACAAAAUCAGUACACGCCGGAGAAAAGAAGGGAACAACAACAGGAGAAAAACCCGACGAGGGUUGUUAUUCAAUGCAAUGAUGGUUCACGAUCUGCAGGGC